AUGAGUGCGACCCCGCGGAAGCCGCGUCCCGCAAUCAGCGAGAUGUUCAACCCACCGACAGACAACGCAAUCCCACCGGUACCGAAGCUCUCCGCAACCAAGAACAUCGCCUCGAACACCCCGGACAAGACCUCGAAGUCGUCCGCGGCGCUCAGGGAUCAGAUCCGGAAGGCAAAGGCGGCGCGGAAGUCAGAUGUAGCGUCGACCCAAGGAAGCAAGACCGUAGCAUCCGGGUACUCUACGGACGCGCAAUCGGAUCCGUUCAACCAGCUCCCGAAACUCGGCACCUCAUUGUUGAAACGGCGCAUCGACAUGGCUCGCACGGAUGGCCGCUUAAACCUGAUCGCCAUGGGCCUGCAGGAGUUCCCGCCGGAAGUGUUGAAGAUGUACGAUUUCGAGGCCAAUGCGGACAGCAGCGUUCCCUGGGGUGAGGCGGUGGACCUGACGCGGUUCAACGUGGCGGAUAACGAUCUGAAAGCCAUCCCCGACGAGCUGUUUCCGGAUGUUGAUAUGGCGAAUGUCGACAAUAACGAGGAGGUCGAUCUGCCUCAAUUCGGGGGGAUAGAAGUGUUGGAUCUGCAUGGGAAUCUGUUGCGGACGUUGCCGAUGGGACUGCGGCGGUUGGAGAGACUCACGUCGCUUAAUCUAACGCGAAAUAAUUUGGACGACAACGUCUUCGAAGUCAUCUCCCAAAUUAAGCCGCUCCGAGAUCUCAAACUCUCAGAAUGCUCCCUGUCCGGCACACUGCCGGAAUCAAUCGGCCAGCUCCAUGCGCUGAAGACCCUUGACCUAAGCGGAAACAAACUCACCGCCCUCCCCGACUCCAUGCAAUCUCUCACCCACCUCCGCAUCCUCGACGUCUCCCAAAACAAACUCACCUCCCUCUCCCUCUCCAUCCUCCAAUCCUGCCCCCUCCGGGACCUCCUCGCCACCAAGAACUCCCUCGCCGGAACCCUCUUCCCCCCCUCCGUCCCCGGCCACCCUCGCCUCGAGCGCCUCGUCGUCUCCUGCAACUCCCUCACCUCCCUCACUCCCCUCCCAACCCUCGCCCUUCCCUCCCUCGCCACCCUCGACUUCUCCGUCAACCGCAUCACCGCCCUCCCUGACCUCGCCGCCUGCCCGCAGCUCACGGCGCUGCUGGCCGAAGAUAACAAGCUCACGGAGUUGCCGCGCGGGUUCACGGCGCUGGCACGGCUGAAGAGCGCGGACUUCACCGGGAAUGAUCUGCGGGUUAUUGACGAGGAGGUGGGGUUGAUGGAGGCGUUGGUGAGCUUGAGAGUCGCGGCGAAUCCGUUGAGGGAUCGGAAGUUUUUGACGAUGGGGGCAGAGGAGAUUAAGAAGGAUUUGAGAGGGAGGUUGGCUCCGGAUUUAAAUUUUUGA